UCCCGGUUACCCCGCCUCCCCGCCCCUCUGUACCCCUCCUACAGGGUUUUGGGGCUUCGUUUUCCCACCAGUUUGCGCAUCGCGCAUCGCGUUUCCCGUUGGGCAUUGUCGUGUCCGUACAGCGGAAGACCGACUCUUUCCCCAACCACCGCGGGGUGCCCUUUUCUUUUAAAUGCCACCUACUGAGUUGCUCCAGCGCCCGCCUAGGGAGCAUUGGCGGAGCUUUGAAAGCUGGCUCCUCCCUGCUGCAGUCCCAGAAAAGUGCUAACAAUGGUGCAAGCGCGGAUAUCGGCCUCAUCGGCCUGGCCGUCAUGUGAGUUGCCCGUCCCUCAGGCCCCCGAUGCUCCGGUGCGCUGUGGCCGGCACGGAGCUAACGCCGCUGCGCAGGGGCCAGAACCUGAUCUUGAACAUGGCCGACCAUGGCUACACUGUCUGCGCUUUCAACCGCACCGUGUCCAAGGUCGACACGUUCCUCGCCAACGAGGCCAAGGGCAAGUCCAUCGUCGGCGCCCACUCUGUCGAGGAGUUCGUUUCCAAGCUCAAGAGGCCCCGCCGUGUCAUGCUCCUCGUCCAGGCCGGCAAGGCCGUCGACGACUGGAUCGAGACUCUCCUGCCCCUCCUUGAGGCUGGGGACAUCAUCAUCGACGGUGGCAACUCGCACUUCCCCGACUCCAACCGGAGGACAAAGUACCUCGCCAGCAAGGGCAUCCGGUUCGUCGGCUCCGGUGUCUCUGGCGGCGAGGAGGGUGCCCGCUACGGCCCCUCGCUGAUGCCUGGCGGCCACGAGGAUGCCUGGCCUCACAUCAAGGAUAUCUUCCAGAGCAUCGCUGCCAAGAGCGAGGGUGAGGCCUGCUGCGAGUGGGUUGGCGACGAGGGCGCUGGUCACUACGUCAAGAUGGUGCACAACGGCAUCGAGUACGGUGAUAUGCAGCUCAUCUGCGAGGCAUACGAUAUCAUGAAGCGCGGCCUCGGCAUGUCCAGCAAGGAGAUCGGCGACACUUUUGCCAAGUGGAACCAGGGCGUCCUGGAUUCCUUCCUGAUCGAGAUCACGCGUGAUAUUCUGUAUUUCAACGAUGAUGACGGCACCCCUCUUGUCGACAAGAUCCUGGACAAGGCCGGCCAGAAGGGUACCGGCAAAUGGACGGCCGUGAACGCCCUGGACUUGGGCAUGCCCGUGACUCUCAUCGCCGAAGCGGUGCUCGCUCGUUGCCUGUCGGGCAUCAAGGAUGAGCGUAUCAAGGCGUCGACCAAGCUUGAGUUCGUUGGCCGUGCCAACACGUUCGAGGGCAACAAGGAGCAGUUCCUGGACGACCUCGAGCAGGCCCUCUACGCGUCCAAGAUUAUCUCGUACGCCCAGGGCUUCAUGCUCAUGCAGGAGGCUGCGCGGGAGUACAACUGGAAGCUCAACAAGCCCUCGAUCGCGCUCAUGUGGCGCGGCGGGUGCAUCAUCCGCUCCGUCUUCCUGAAGGACAUCACGGCGGCUUACCGCAAGAACCCCGACCUCGAGAACCUGCUCUUUGACGAUUUCUUCAACAAGGCCAUCCACAAGGCGCAGCCCGGCUGGAGAGACGUCGUUGCCAAGGCUGCGCUGCUCGGCAUCCCGACCCCGGCCUUCUCGACCGCGCUGUCGUGGUUCGACGGUUACCGGACCAAGGACCUGCCUGCCAACCUGCUGCAGGCGCAGCGUGAUUACUUCGGUGCUCACACGUUCCGGAUCAAGCCCGAGGCGGCGAACGCCAAGUACCCCGAGGGCAAGGACAUCCACGUCAACUGGACCGGGCGGGGAGGCAAUGUUUCCGCUUCGACGUACCAGGUUUAAAAAUUAAAGAAAACCAAAGCGGGCAAAGGGAGGGUAAUGGUCAGGAUGCACGGCUGACGGAGAGCUCGCGGAAAUUUACGUAGAGUAAAAUUGCGAUAGAGAAUUACUAACUAGGCCAUCAUUGAGAAAUUCAAUUCCGUGUUUGUUCAUUGCCAUUGCCUCGUCAACGGUUUAGUGAGGAUGACUUCGUGUUGAUGUCGGUGACCACACAGUGCACGCAACGUAUUUUGCUCAUAGAAGGCCGCGCGCAGUCAUGUGACAC